GAGGGUCUUAACUCGGGUGCUUAAAAUUUUUUUACUCAGUCAGUAUCCAGUGGUUUUUAAUGCAGGGAAAGCCUUGCUAGGCUUUGUCAACGGUUGGAUUGCAUUCUUUUGGCGAUUAAAAGCAACAGAGACACGGAAGGAAAGAAAGGAGACCGGUGGGGAAAACAAAGCAGCAGAAACCUUCUGGAACAGGAAACAUUUUGCCUCCUGAAACCUCCGGCAUCUGUUCUGAAGAACCCUUGGAUGUGAAGAAGGAAUGGCAAAGCGAUAAGCGGGUUGAGAAGUAUACUGAGGAAGCGAUGGAGCGAUGGGGAGGGGAGUGAGGGAGAGGAGAGAGAGUAAAUGAGGGUGGGGAGAGAGAGUGGGGGAUGCUGCACUUGGAUCACAAGUGACUUGCUCAAACGUGGCGAUUGUCUUUGCCCGCUCAAUUUGAAGCCAUCGGGAGUCUGAGGCGAGAGGAAAUUUACCUACCUGGCAAGCCUGCAAACACACAUACACAGUUUCCAGAGCUCUCUCUCUCUCUCUCACACACUCUCUCUCACACACACACACACACUCUCUCUCUCUCCCUCUCACAUGCUCCCUUCUCUCUCUCUGACUGAAACGAUAGCUGAGGCAGCACUGGCACAUGCAACAGGGUGCAGGAGGCAAACUCAUUUCGUCUUUUCCCCCCCUUUCUCAUGAAGAGGAGGGGAAUGAGGAAAGAAAGAAGAAGCAAGAGCAGGAUGCUCUAACUCCCCAAGCCAGUUUUGGAAAAAGAACUAAUAGUUAAGGGUGUUAGCUCGCCUUUCGAAACGAUUCCAGAUUCCAGUUCCAACGGCAGCCCACCGUUCAAGGCCAUGACCAAGCGCAAGUGGGAAGGGAGAAGAGAGGGCUUCAGGGUGAGCACCACCCGUGAGGAGGCGCAAGGUCCAGGCCGCCCCACCAGCAGGGGGCGCUUCUCUGAGUCCUGGAAGAGGCUGAGCUCCAGACAGGGGUCCACCAAGAGGUCAGGACUGGCAGCACAGCAAGCAGCGGCUCAGAAAUCGUGGAUCGAGCGAGCCUUCAGCAAGAGAGAAUGUGUGCACAUCAUCGUCAGUGCCAAAGACCCCCACAGGUGCUGUUGUGGCCGUCUCAUUGGCCAGCACGUGGGUCUGCCCCCCAGCAUUUCGUCCAAUCAGAAUGACAGAUCGGAGCGCGUGCUGAAGAGUGACAGCCUGUCUGAAAAAUGGUCCAUCAGCAAACACACACAGCUGAGUCCCACUGACGCAUUCGGCACAAUCGAGUUCCAGGGAGGAGGCCACUCCAACAAAGCCAUGUACGUGCGCGUGUCGUAUGACACCAAAGCCGACCUGCUGCUGCACCUCAUGACUAAAGAGUGGCAGCUAGAGCUUCCCAAACUGCUCAUCUCUGUGCACGGCGGCUUGCAGAACUUCGAGCUGCAGCCCAAACUCAAGCAGGUGUUCGGCAAGGGCCUGAUCAAAGCCGCCAUGACCACCGGAGCCUGGAUCUUCACCGGCGGAGUCAACACUGGGGUUAUCAGACAUGUUGGUGAUGCUCUGAAAGACCACGCCUCCAAAUCCCGGGGCAAAAUCUGCACCAUCGGCAUUGCCCCCUGGGGCAUAGUGGAAAACCAGGAGGACCUCGUAGGCAAAGACGUGGUCCGGCCAUACCAGACCAUGUCGAAUCCUCUGAGUAAACUGACUGUCCUGAACAGCCUGCACUCGCACUUCAUCCUAGCUGACAACGGCACCACGGGCAAGUAUGGUGCCGAGGUUAAGCUUCGCCGCCAGCUGGAGAAACACAUCUCUCUGCAGAAGAUCAACACACGGAUCGGACAGGGGGUGCCUGUGGUGGCACUAAUCGUCGAAGGCGGCCCUAAUGUUAUCUCCAUCGUGCUGGAGUACCUGAGGGACACGCCGCCUGUGCCUGUGGUGGUUUGUGACGGCAGCGGCCGAGCGUCCGACAUCCUGGCAUUCGGCCACAAGUACUCAGAGGAGGGAGGGCUGAUAAACGAGUCUCUGCGGGACCAGCUGCUUGUCACCAUCCAGAAGACGUUCACGUACAGCCGCACACAGGCUCAGCACCUCUUCAUUAUCCUCAUGGAGUGUAUGAAGAAGAAAGAGCUGAUCACAGUGUUUCGGAUGGGUUCAGAGGGACACCAGGACAUUGACCUGGCUAUCCUCACAGCUUUACUAAAAGGUGCCAAUGCUUCAGCUCCUGAUCAGCUGAGCCUGGCUUUGGCCUGGAACCGUGUGGACAUUGCCCGUAGUCAGAUAUUCAUCUAUGGACAGCAAUGGCCUGUGGGCUCUCUUGAGCAGGCCAUGCUGGAUGCCCUGGUGCUGGACCGUGUGGACUUUGUGAAGCUGUUGAUUGAGAAUGGCGUGAGCAUGCACCGGUUCCUCACACUGUCCCGGCUAGAGGAGCUCUACAACACGAGGCAUGGACCAUCCAACACACUGUAUCAUCUCGUCCGAGAUGUAAAAAAGCAAGAAUAUCCAGGGUUCAGUUGGAUCUACCUCAAGGGCAACCUGCCACCUGACUACCGCAUCAGCCUGAUUGACAUUGGAUUGGUCAUUGAAUACCUAAUGGGUGGAGCCUAUCGAUGCAACUACACACGGAAAAGAUUCCGAACCCUCUACCACAACUUGUUUGGGCCAAAGAGGCCAAAGGCCCUGAAGCUGCUUGGAAUGGAGGAUGACAUGCCAAUCCGACGAGGGCGGCAGAAGACAACAAGGAAAAGAGAGGAGGAGGUGGACAUUGAUCUGGAUGACCCUGAAAUCAACCACUUCCCUUUCCCCUUCCAUGAGCUGAUGGUGUGGGCAGUGCUGAUGAAGAGGCAGAAGAUGGCACUGUUCUUCUGGCAGCAUGGUGAGGAAGCCAUGGCCAAGGCGUUGGUGGCAUGCAAGCUGUGCAAGGCCAUGGCUCAUGAAGCCUCGGAGAAUGACAUGGUGGACGACAUCUCUCAGGAGCUCAACCAUAACUCCAGGGAGUUUGGCCAGCUGGCAGUGGAGCUCCUGGACCAGUCCUACAAGCAGGAUGAGCAGAUGGCCAUGAAGCUGCUUACCUAUGAGCUGAAGAACUGGAGCAAUGCCACCUGCUUGCAGCUGGCUGUAGCCGCCAAGCAUCGCGACUUCAUCGCUCACACUUGCAGCCAAAUGUUGCUCACUGACAUGUGGAUGGGGCGGCUUCGCAUGCGCAAAAACUCUGGCCUCAAGGUAAUCCUGGGCCUACUGCUGCCUCCCUCCAUCCUGAGUCUGGAGUUUAAGAACAAGGAUGAGAUGUCGUACAUGCCUCAGGAGCAGGAGGCCUACCUGCAGGAGAAGGAUUCGGAUGAGGCUGACAAGCCAGCCAAGGACAAGGAAGAGGAGGACAUGGAGUUCACCGUAAGAGCAUACUGUGAGGCGCAGUACAACUCCGUGGCUAUGCUGGGGAAUGUGAGCUCAGAAGUGUCUCGGAAAAAGGAAGUGGAGGAGGCCCAAAACCGCCAUCGCCUAAUUCCAGUGGGCCGCAAGAUCUAUGAGUUUUACAACGCCCCCAUUGUCAAGUUCUGGUUCCAUACGAUGGCCUAUGUGGGCUACCUAAUGCUCUUCAACUACAUUGUGCUGGUAAAAAUGGACCUCUGGCCUUCUCCUCAGGAGUGGAUCGUGAUUGCCUACAUUUUCACCAAUGGCAUUGAGAAGAUGAGGGAGAUCCUGAUGUCAGAGCCUGGUAAACUGCUGCAGAAAGUUAAAGUAUGGCUGCAGGAGUACUGGAACAUCACGGACCUCAUGGCUAUCCUUAUCUUCUCCAUUGGCAUGGUGCUCCGUCUCCAGGAGCCGCCACUCAUGAGCUACGGUCGGGUCAUCUACUGCGUCAACAUCAUCUACUGGUACAUCCGCCUGCUUGACAUCUUUGGGGUAAACAAAUACCUCGGACCCUACGUAAUGAUGAUUGGCAAGAUGAUGAUAGAUAUGAUGUAUUUUGUGAUCAUCAUGUUGGUGGUGCUGAUGAGUUUCGGUGUGGCUCGUCAAGCCAUCCUGAACCCUAAUGAGGACCCAUCAUGGAUGCUUGCUCGCAACAUCUUCUUCAUGCCCUACUGGAUGAUCUAUGGCGAAGUCUUUGCUGACCAAAUUGACCAUGUGAAUAGUAGGAAGCUACAGAACAGGCUGAAUGAAAAACUCUGGCCGGUCGAAAAUUACGUUCGAUCUCAAGGAACUGGGCGUAACAGUGGUCCAUCCCAUAUAGCACCAUGUGGGCAGAACAUCACCACAGAGGACGGUGCUAUUGUGCCCCUGCCCCCGUGUAAGACCGGCGCGUGGAUUGUGCCUGCCAUCAUGGCCUGCUACUUGCUGGUUGCCAACAUUCUUCUGGUCAAUCUCCUCAUUGCUGUCUUCAACAAUACGUUCUUCGAGGUGAAGUCCAUCUCCAACCAGGUGUGGAAAUUUCAGCGCUAUCAGCUGAUCAUGACAUUUCAUGAGCGCCCUGUUCUUCCUCCUCCCCUCAUAAUCUUCAGUCAUAUGACCAUGGUCCUCAAGCAUCUGUGCUGUCGCUGGAGGAAGCAUGAUGAUGAUGAACGAGACUUUGGAUUAAAGCUCUUCAUCACAGAAGACGAGCUGAAAAAAGUCCAUGAUUUUGAAGAGCAGUGCAUCGAAGAAUACUUCAGAGAAAAGGAUGAUCGCUUCAACUCUUCCAAUGAUGAGAGGAUCCGAGUAACAUCUGAAAGGGUGGAAAACAUGGCAAUGAGGCUGGAGGAGGUAAAUGAGCGGGAGCACUUCAUGAAGGCCUCACUGCAGACAGUGGACAUUCGGCUGGCACAGAUGGAAGAACUGAUUGGCCGCAUGACCGCGGCUCUGGAGCGGGUUACAGGUGUGGAGCGGACUGAGGUGAACAAGGCACGCUCGAGGACGUCGUCAGACUGCACUGACACUAACUAUAUCCUCCGUCAGAGCAGUUUCAACAGCCAGGAGGGCAACGCCUACCGGUUGCAAGAGUCUAUGGAACAGGGUGGGGAGGAGUCCAUUUCUCCGACCUCACCCACUGCACUGGCACCAAGGGUAAGGAGCCACUCUUUCUACAUAGGCCAUUCAUCUCGAGACAGAUGUGGGACUGACCGAGUUGAGGGUUUCUUCAAGGAGCGCUCUUUGAGCUUACACCGUGCCAACAGCUCACAGUCAGUUGCGUCAGGAGCUGCCCCGAAAGAGUGCAAACCUGCCCCUCUGAAUACAUUGUCUGUACAACAACAGCACCGACCCUCCUCUUGCAUCGAUAUAUAUGUGUCCACAACGGAGGAGGCACACCCCCAAGAGAGCUUCCUGGAACCAAUUCGAAUGGCUCAGACUCUUGCUCGAGACUCAUCCCUCCAUUCUGAAAUCAUGGAGGCAGUGCUGUCUGGGGAACGGGACUACCGUGGUAGGGCAGGGGUUAGUGAAAGACAGCCAGAUGGCACUGUCUUAUUUGAGGACAGUGCUGCCGCCGACCUGUCACUGUGCACCACCCACCUACCGCUAGAUGCCCUGCCCCCGUGGGACACAGAGCCAUCCCCUCCACCCUCAGCAGGCAUCCUUGAGCGCUCCAAGAGCAGCCGCUUUUUAUCAGCGGCUGGACCCUUGUUCUUGGAUGAGGCACCAAUGGUGAAGUCCCACAGCCUGAUGUUCAUGCCACGCAACUACUAUGGUGGCAUGGGCAUGCAAGUAAAGGCAGCUGAGUACACCAGCAUCACAGACUGCAUUGACACACGCUGUGUCUCGACGUCAUACUCAGUGCCCGAGCGCUCAGAUUCACCUGGGGGCUCAUUCACCUUUGAGAAGCCCCAGGAAGUGUGUGCCUCACACCCGGAGCGUGAUGCUGAGCUGAGCCAUGCUGAGUCUGACCCUGAGGAGCCCACCGAGGGCUCAGCUGAGACCAGCAAGCCCUGUUCCAGUGGAGGUGGUGUUAUGGGGGUUGAUUUGGCCCUGGGCUUAGCCCUGGGCCCCUUCUGUUCUCCAGCCUCCAGACUGGAACGAGCCAAUAGCUGCUCCUCAUCAGAGGACUCCCAUUCCAAUGUCUAUGCCCGAAAGAGCUUCUCCAUCAGUGAACGCAUGGACAAGGGACGUGCCAGGAAUCCAUUCCAGAGGAGCAAGUCUGGUAUGAGGCCUGACAGCAAGACAGACACACUAUCCUUGAGGCGACUGGCCAAGCCGUCAGCCUUCCAAAGCUUUGAUGGCAGGCACAACUACACGUGAUGGUGGAGAAGAUUAAGGAGAAAGGGCAGACAACAUCAUGGAUCUAAUGUAGUAUGCCUAGGAUGGAAAAGGAAGCUUACAACUUAUUUGAUGUCCAAAGGCCUGUCCAUUAAGCAGUUAGCACUGUCUGGGUGAAUUAUGUGCUCUACAUUGUAAUGAUCUGUCCUGGAUAGCAAACUAGCACACUAUGACACCUUUAGCACCAUAGUACAAAUCUGGAUUACAACAUUGCCAUUUGGCAAAAAUAGUUUUCAGCUCUUUUGAACUGGUAAUGCCUAAUGUUCAUUCUUUUCUGUGAGUUCAGGUGGAAAUAGAAUAGGGGAAUAUGUAUCCAAUGAGCAGACUUGAAAUAUAUAGACAGAGGGUAUUCCCAUUAAUAAGUAGGUUAGCAAGCCAUAUUGAGUUCCCCUCUCUCUACUUUAAUCACCCCAAACCAUUUGUCUUAAUCUUUUGAGUUUGACGAUCCAUGUUCUAGUCAUGUUGCCAAUGUAGGAGUCAUGACUUUAAAUCCAAAUCAAAUAAAAACACAAAGGGAAAUAUUUUUAAGAGACAGACAGUUGUGAGAAGACAUUCAACAUUUAUUGUAUAUAAAUAGCUUCAUUUUUUUUCUUGGACACACAUGCAUAGACGUGCUUAUUAUAUAAAAAAAUUGCACAUAUAUUUUCUCAGAUGUCUAUUGUAGAUUAAAAAAAAGCUUUUAUCAUGAAAAUAUACAUUUUAUUCAUUCCCUUGACACAUCUGCCCUUGUAUACCCAUAUGGUGCAAGUGCAACCAGUGCUUUCCUGAUGUACAUUUGUAGUUCUUGAAGAAUCUACCCCUACUUCAUUCAAUGUUGUUCACAGUCUCUCUUGAUCACAUGUGUGGACACUAGUUAGUCCAAUGUCACAUGUCUAGGUCCAAUCAAACAGGGUUGGCCUUCACUCAGCACUAUUUUACAUCUCGAAUCAUUCAGACAAGAAAGUAAUAAUCAUGUGACUAAUAAGUUGUGAUUUUCUCAAUUGUGAUUUUGAAAGUGAGCUCACGAGAUCAGCUGGAGUUUCAGUCAUUAGAGAAUCAAGUAAUCACAAGCAGGAUCACAAAUGUAAUCACAAAAAGGGCCUGAUCAGUUGGUUGAUGUUGUUUCUUUCCCCACCAAGAUUAUUGAAGUAGACUUGCUAUGCAAGAGGCCAGGGCAGUAGGGGACAGGGAGUGGUUCUUAUGCACUUUAGAACGUGUUGAUUUCAGGUAUGCACGCCUAUGAGCGCUGUAUUUCAGGCCAGCUGAGAGAUUUUAAUCAUAUAUUCCAAAUCAUUAUACUGUACAAGUAUUAGGGUAAUUACAGUGUAUUCCUACAUGUAUAUACAAACUUUCAUGAAUUAUUCUACAUAAUGAUUAAUUAAUUGUGUGAUUACUCAUAAUGGUUUUGAGUAAUUGAAAUGGGUUUUAAUUAACUGAAUCUGAAUGAUUAAUGUGUUUUCCUUCAAAGGAAAUGAAUGUAAUGAAUCAGUUUAAUUUACAAUGAACAUAUUAUUAUUUCAUGGUUCAAAAAGAAACAUUAACACCCCCAGAACAGUACCAACUAGAGAGACAGUAGUGUGAGAAUUAAAAUUUUGAAGCAAUAUAAAAAAAAAAAGAAUCUGUUAUGAGAUUUAUUAGUCAGCUGAAAUAAAGAUAUUGAAGGGAUAAUAAGGUCAUCAGUGUCACCUCCAGCUCUACCAUCAACCUUGUUCUUUUGCUUUAUUCAUAUGCAAUAGCACCAAGAGAUUCUAACAUACACUCUGUACUGCGUAAAGGAAAAAGUGCAAAGGAAAUAAUUACUGCAGUCUGAAAAUACAAAAUGCAAACAUUUUUUUUUUGCAUAUUCGGUUCACUGUGGUUUUCAUAAAAUCAUAUAAACACUCAUAUUGUUGACUUACAAAUCAUGCAUCACAUCACAUUACGUGGCAUCCCUGCAUUACAACCUUUACAUACCAAACAAAGACAAGGCAGAAAUUACAGUACUAGAGCUUUAAAAGAAAUGUAAAAACAUAUAUAUAUAUAUAUAUAUAUAUAUAUAUAUAUAUAUAUAUAUAUAUAUAUAUAUAUAUAUCUUUUACCACAGCCCUACUAUCCACAAGCGUUAGAAUGACUGUUGGGCUGGAUCCACCAAAGGCAAAGUCCAUUUUACUUUAAUCUGAUCCCACAGCACCUUGCCACUCCACUGUUUUCUAACUCUAGAGUACAUGAUACAGUCGCAACAUCCUGAACCAACAACUGCUGGCAGCAGUCAACUUUUAAAAGAACUCGGCUGAAAUGUGACAGCAUGUGUGGCAAAAAAAUCAUCAACAUCAACUAUCAUAUACCUUGCAUAAUCAAUAGGAAACCAGGUACCAAAAGAAGCAUUUUUUUUCUUUUUUUUUCAUUUCUGAAGCAUUUUUAGGCUACAUUCUCAUUACCAGGUUGAAGAUAUCAAAACGUUUCAGUCCAUUUUUUUCUCUGAUGUGUCAAAUAUAGAAAAUCGCCUACUACACAAAGCUUACAAUGCCAUUUUGGACUUUUCCUAAUGAAAAUAUUAGAGAUGCAAUUCCUGGCAGCAGUUGCUGGCAAUGUUGGCAGUGUAUCAUGGGCAUAACACACCUGAGUCCUCCAUUCUUAAACCCGGUGUUAAUUGUGAUUCACGCCAACACAUGGUGUGGUGGUAUGCAUGGCCAGAUUGGCACAGCAAAGCCUUUUUACUGGGUCUAGCUAAACACAUUUCAGCUAAACACAGUUGUUUAAUGUCCUAAAAUAUAAGUAAGCAUCACUUAAGCACCUGGUUGUCACGUGUAAAAGUUGUGUAUGUGUUCCAUAAAUGUUGCUGUGGUUGUUCAAAGGCCACUGCAUUUCGCAGAAAGGAGCCAAACAGAGCGAAAGACAUGCGCCGUGCCAAAUCAAUGAGGAAACUUCAUGUAAAGUAUUUUCUUAAUCUUUUUGCUAUACUGUAGCAUACCGGUUUGUGCGUUAUAUUCCACAUUUCCCAGCCCCCUUCCUCUUUCCUUUUUACUUUUAUUUGUGAGCACUUGUAUGCUAAUGAGUCCAAGCACAUGUUUUUUCCGCAAUAAUAUUGUAAUUUUAUCCGAAGGGGUCAUAGUUAAUUUAGUGUCCUAAAAAAAAUAAUUGCAUGUCGUUCUUCCAUGAGGAUGUGAAAUGAAUUCUGGGAAAUGAGAGAAAAUUGGUGAGGGUGAGGAUGAGAUGAGUCCCGUCCUCCCACUGUAGUAGGCUAAGUAUUUGGAUGCAAAUACAAACAUGUAUUCUGUAAUAUUCCUCAAUGUGAAUAGGAUGUUUGGCAUGUAUUAUUAAAUAAAUGAAUAUUUAAGUGAAUAUUUAAGUGAAUUUUCUUGUUCUUUUUUAGCGUAACAUAUGACACACUUCAGUAUAGAUGACCUUGUUGUUACCCCUCUUAGGGUGUUUUUACUUAUUAAUUUUUAGUUUUAAUUAUUUAUUAUUAGUAAAUAAUAUACUUUAAGAUGAAUACCUGACUAAAGGGUUAAGAUAAUCAACUAAGACAUUAAAAAACAACAUUAAAUUAAUGUGUUAAAGACAGGAGUGGGAAUAAUAAUGAAAAAUUAUUCUUAAGUAUAUUGAAAUUAUAAAUAAUGUGUCAAAACCUUCAUUAAUUAAAAGUGGAAGUAUCCAGGUAAAAAACAAGAUCAAGAUCAAACGUUAAAAAAAAUUUGAUACUUUUACAAUUUUAUUGAUUUUAAGUGAUGAAAUUAAUUAUCAUCAUGUUUUCAUAUAAAAAGUAACCUUUAUUACUUACUUAAAUCUGUUAGAAAAUGUUCAUUUUAAAGCAACUCCUACUGUUUUGCCUAGAAACAUCAUUCAAUCUCUUGAGGUCAUGGUUAUUAGACUAUUAAUCAGAAAAAAAUAUAAUGUAACCAAUAUUUACCAUUAGCUAGAAAUUGAAUUGUUUGCUAAUAUAUGUUAGCUACUGGAAUCUAUACUAAUCUAAGCUAAACUUAGCAAUGAAUACAGGCUAACUUAGUUAAAUAGACGGAGUUAACAUUAGCAAAUUAGUGAAACUUAGCUCAACAUGCUUUUUUUUUUUUAAUUAGAUGGAGUUCAUGCGUUCUAGGGAAGCAAAGGAGAUGCCUCAUUUUAUACAAGUCUCUGCUUACUUCAGCAUAUUGUUGAGUCCAUUCAACUGAUAUAUAGCAUACAGUCACUGGGUAGAUGAGAGACAAAGAGACCUUUGAGAUUUUUAACAAGUAAUUUGAAGGUCUAAAUAAAAAUCUAAGAAAGUAAGUUUAAUACAAGUAUUCAAUUUCAAUAAUACUCAAGUAAUGUGUAGAUACACCAAAAUAAUACUUAAUUAUAGUAACGAAGUACAAUUACUUGAGUAUUUUCCAUGCCGAGUUAAAGAGAAGUCGCCUAAUUAUUUAAUCUAAAAGUAGAAACCUUAAUUAUGCUUUAUUAUGGGGUGUGCCUCAAAGUGAUGACAGGUCUUAAAAGCAUCCUUUCUUUCAUUUUGCCUCGUAUCUUUGGGGUUAGGGGUUUGAUUCCUGUCCCCGCC